AGUCAGCUGUCAGAGUUUGCGAAACGAAGUGUUCGUGAAACAUAUUAAAAAAUGUUGUUUUGACGCCUUUUCUCUGAAAUUUUGUGAUAAAAAUGGCAAAUUACGAUUGGGAGGAACACAACAGGCGCACCAUCCUAGAAGGACGAGCUGCCCUGGAGCGGACAUCAGCCAGUUUGGCCAGAUCAAAUAUUGUGGCCAUUGAAACAGAACAAAUUGGCACAGAGAUUGUGUCGGAGUUGGGUGAACAAAGGGAGAGUUUAUUGAGGAGUCAGCGAGGUCUCCAGAAUGCCAAUGAAGGACUCUCCAAGUCCCGGACCGUGCUGAGAGCGAUGCAACGGAAUGUCUUGUACAACAAGCUCACGCUCAUUUUGAUAAUUCUGCUGGAAAUUUUUAUUUUGGGUGGAUUGUUGUUUCUGAAGUUUAAGUAGAGAAAAGGAGGGAAUCGAGAAAUCCCAAUUGGAACUGUGAGAUCUUCAGGAGGAAACGCCCAAAAGUAUACUGAGGAUUUUUGAGGAUUCAUCAUAUUGGGCCAUGAGAUAAAUUUUUCUCUACUUUUUUUCCAUUUCCAAACAGCAUUAAUUUUACCAUCUUUCUACUGUGUAAAUUUGUUAAGAUUUGUGAGAAUAAAAAGGCGAAUUUUAGGAAAA